CUUCCUCCCCGACGAGUUCGACUAGCUGCAAUAGUUUUUUAGGAUACACCGAUUACCAGGAUCGCCCAACGCUCAGGUAAUGUUUUAUUCCCUAGUCCUCUUCCUCGGCAGCGCAAGCUGUACUUCUUCUUUGCAGCUGGGCCUAUGCUUAUUAAUUCUAGCCUUGGCUCAACCCACCUCCCUUGCCCUGGGAACGUUCUCACGGGAUGCAUGUCCAUGACGCUUAGUUCGUCACCGCACAAGGAGGGAGGAAAGUCUACUCAUGAUUCUUUGUCUUGUGUACAUGAUCAAGCAAUGGAUCACGUUACCUCGGAUCAGGUGGUUCAGUUCUCGAUGAGGAGGCAAUCGACAAAAUAUCGGGCUGCCCAUUAUCUCCUGGGACGACUCUUCACUGAGAAUAUGGUGUCGACCACGAAACUGAGGGGAUCGGUGAUUACUCCUUGGCUAAUCCAAGGACGCAUCAGGGUCAUGAUGGCAAAAUAUGGACUAAUCAAGUUUGUGCUUCCUAGUGAAGAGGCUAAAAUUUGGGUGAUUAAGCGAACUCCUUGGGUGAUCACUGACAAGAUCCUCCACCUCUGUCCAUGGACUCCUGUAAUUACGAAGAAAUCUUUGAUGACCAGGCAAUUGCCCCAUUUCCGGGUUCAAUUGUGGGAUAUUAAAGAGGAUUUCUGUACCCAACAAUUUGGUGGAAAGUGGUGAAUACCACUAUUUGAAAAGUGCUUGAGGCAGGCGUUUUUGCCUGUCAGGAUACGGGUCGCUAGUUUGUGAAGGUCAAGGCGCUGAUUGACUUCACAAAAUCACUUCGCUCUCAGAUUAUGGCUAUUAAUGACGAUACCGGGUGCUUCUGGGUGAGCCAGAAGUAUGAACAUCUCCCCAGCUAUUGCUAUCACUAAGGGAGGGUGGGACACCCGCUGCGAGCCUGUGCUUUCGACCCACCGACUAGAAAGGAAAAAUUCGACCCACAUAUGUCAACUAAAAAGCUGGAUACAAGGAUAUAUGAUGUGGAAGAUCACAAGCAAUUCUUUCCCAAAGGAGUUAACUUGGUCUGGGUCAACAAAGAUAAUCGGGAUUC